GCCGAAUGAUGAAACGCCACCGACGAUACGAUUCCGCUCACUCCCUCCCUACAUCGGUUCGUUCGGCUACCUCGCUCCUGUCUACGCUACUUCCUGAUGUCACAGUUGAAGGCCCGUCAGGAGGUACAGAAUACCUUCAUAGGUCCGAUUUGUUAGAGCGAUUACAAGAGGACCUGCCCAAAGCCCGAGAUGAACUGAGAAGAUGGCAGACAUCCGAGCACAGAUCUGGAUACAACAGCUUCGGUGCCUUCGUCGUUUGCGCCAACCAGUUGAACACCAGUGAUGGCACAACCAGGCUGUGCGCUAGUUGCCAAACAAAUGCCGCGAAAGCACAGAAAGAGGGCAAACCAUACCAACAUUACUCAAGCAGGUGCGGGACUUUAGAUACAUAUCGUUCCUUGGUACAGGAUCUAGGGGCAUUCUGCGAUCUAGUUGCCCAGAUCUACAGGGACGCCGCAACUUGUCUAAGACGUGCAUUCGAAGCGGAAACUCCCGAAGAUGAGGAACACGAGAUCCCCUGGACAUGUACGCACGACACUGUACAGCCGGAUGAUGCAGAGCCAUGCUGUUGUCCGACAUGCGCUAUUAAAUUCGUCGAAGAGGCCAAAGCAUUAUCGUCAGACAGGAUGCCCAGCAUGCAGAGCGUGAAGAACGCAUACACACUGGAGCGGGAAGGCUCGUUGCAAAGUCAGACGGAGACUACAUACCUUCGGUCUAUCUUCACCGUACCGGACAAUCCGGCAGAUCUAAAGCGGACCACAACCUUGAAUCGUUGGAACUCUGAUAGGAGCGGCUGGGACUACUGUGCCAAAUCUCAAAUGCACCCCAGUCAGAUCGUAUAUGAUCUAUCCGCUGCAGCUGGCAGCAUCAUGACAAUUCAGGAAACGGUAACGGACUUGCAUGAAAUCUUAAAUGCCAAGAUAAGGGAUUCCAAUGCCGAUGGAGAAUCCAUCACCAGCCAUCCCGAGUCUUUGACCGUCUAUAGGACAGGUGUUGUCGCCCUGCCAAAGAGAUAUAAGCACAUUCGCAGCAGGAGCGAUGGGUCGUACCUCAGCAUCACGUCGGUCCUCUCUCAGAAUCAGAGCGAGACUACUCGUGCAUUAGGCCGACGUAGACGUAGACUAUCAAACUCGUGUAAAGAAGCAGCCUCAGAAUUGGUGUCUGCGAUCGGAAGCUUCCGCUCUGACCAAACGGCUCAGAGUCGUUAAAGUCACGAUUUUCAUACAUAGAUCGCUGCAGUCUGCCGGGAGAUCGCCCCUUCUCAGCGAAUGAUGUACUAGAUACAGUUCUCACAGAAUGAAUGAG